AUGAAGUUCCUAUCCAUUGUCGCAAUAGAAGGCUUGGUCCUUGCAUCAUCCUUGUUCAAUGUCGUCCAGGCAGCAUCGGCGGGAUGCGGAAAGGCAGCAAAAUUGAAGGCGGGAACGAACACGAUGACCGUGAACAGCAAGACUCGCGACUGGAUCCUCACACUUCCCGAUAACUACAACAAUACCAAGCCUUAUCGUCUCAUCUUUGGGAUUCAUUGGCUUACGGGCACUUCCAGCGACGUCGCCAAUGGGGGAUCUAUCCAGCCAUACUACGGCCUACCUCCACUCGCAAACAACACCGCUAUUUUCGUCUCUCCGAACGGACUCAAGUCUGGUGGCAGUACCGGCUGGGCAAACAGUAACGGCGAAGACAUAACGUUCAUCCAAGAAAUCGUGAAGGCAGUCGAGGCGGAUUACUGCGUGAACGAAAAGCUUCGUUUCUCAAUGGGUUUCAGUUACGGGGCCGGCAUGUCGUACUCCAUCGCCUGCACUCUUGGAAAAGACUUCCGAGCCGUUGCUGCAUUGUCAGGUGCCCUACUGAGUGGAUGUGUUGGCGGAACCGACCCUGUGGCGUACUACGGCCAGCAUGGACUGAGCGAUUCGGUGCUGCCGAUCGCGAGUGGUCGACAAUUGCGAGAUACCUUUGUGAAGAAUAACGGCUGCACUCCGCAGAGCCCACCCGAACCAACCAAAGGAAGUAAGACGCAUAUCCGGACAGUGUACUCGGGCUGCGCCUCAGAUAAGCCCGUGUGGUGGACUGCGUUCGAUGGCGACCAUACCCCAAUUCAGGCGGAUAACACUGGGCCGAACAAGGACACGACCUUUACGGGAAAGUCAGUCUGGGAAUUCUUCUCUCAAUUCUCUUAA